AUCUAGUGCGAUAGUGACAGUUAAAACGAAAACACUUGUUUAGUAAAAAAAAAAAAUAGAAUAUUAAAAUAAUGAAAUCCUUAACUGUAUUAAGCAUUGUUGCUGGAGCAAUACUGUUGGUUAGUGUAGCUGUCCAGGCCAAUAAUAUAACCUGGGGUUAUGUGGGACCCUAUGAUCGCCUAUUAGCCACCGAUUAUGUGAUUAAGCCAAGCAGCUGGUUUACCAAGCAAACCGCCGAAGUUGUCUAUCCACCCAAGGGCCACAUUAAUUAUGUGAUUUUGACCGCCAUUAAGGCCUGGGAUUGGGGCGGCCGCAAACAAUUCGGUUAUGCCUCCUUGUUAAAAGGUGGUCCAGGUCAUCGUAAUUCUACCAUUUACCUGAAGUCUCAAAGUGGCAAAGCUUUAAAUUUCACCAUACAAUAUUUUGGACGUUAAAUGGUACUUUAUUUUCAUUUGUGGAUCUCAAAUAUGAAAUAAAUUUAAACAAAGUGAUGUCUGAUAUUAAAAUGUUUAAAAAAAAAAUAAAGAAAUUUAGCAAAACUAAUUAAAAAAAAAA